CGCUGUUCAUAAGGGCCUGAAAUGGAGUUACGGUUUUGCCCUUUGUUUUAUUCUGAAUUACAGUUUUGGUGUUAGUCGGAUAGGGUUGUUGUGCGACGCUUUUGCCGUUUUCGUUUGUUCAGUUUCUUCAAUUAUAGAUCUUUGAAAACGCUCUCUUGCGGAAGGCGAUUUCAGUCCUUGGGUUUGACGGUUUGGCUAAAGUUCAUCGUUGAAGCAAAGAAAAGAAAAGAAGGAGAAGGAGAAGAAGAAAAAGAAGAGGGAAACGGGAAGAAUUUCACUGUUAUUUAAGUCAGCACGAUUUUGUUGGGAGGGAUCUUUCAACAGGAGAAGGGAGAGACAGAAACACUGACAGCGAAGUAGAGGUCGAUAGCAAGGUUUGGAUCCGGUUUGGGGGGGAUCUUUCAGCAGGAUAAGAGGAUAAUUGUGUUUGGGUAGGUGAUCUGCUACAACUAAACCAAUCGUGCUUGGGUUUUGAAGAUAAUCGUCCUAGAUCAACCAGAAAACAGAAGUGUUGAUGGGUUUCGGAUUUCAGUGAUUGAAGUUUUCAGUAUUGUGGACUGGAGUAUCUUCCUGUUUUUGCUUUGUUGAUUGGAUUUUGCCGCAUCCAGCAUCGACUUAAUUAGGGAUAUUGUUUGUUGUGGAGUUUGCGAUUUCAGUAAUUGGUUGGAAGAGGUUGGAGGUCAGAUUUUGAUGAAAAUAAUGAAGCACAACUACAAUGAUCAGUUUUGGGUUUGGGAUCAAUUUUGGUCUUCAAUUAUCAAAAAACAAUUGUUUUCAAUCUAUAUCCUUAUUUAUUCAUUUAUACUUUUAAUAAUGGCUCUGCUUUUAAUAAUGGUUUUGUUUUGGUUGUGGCUCACGGAAGCACAAAUUUCCGCGUAAUAUGCACAUUAUUUGGAGUCCAGGAGAAAUUCAAGAAGUUUCAAGGGAAGUUCAACCAAAGUUCAGUUGGAGUCCUUGAGUACAAUUUCGCAUCCAACUGAACAACACUACCAACUGAACUUUGCCUGAACUUCCUUUCAGACUCCUUGCACUCCCUCUUAGAUUAGAUCUUUACUUCAAUUUCCAAAACUUUUGUCUGCUUCAUUUUCAGUUUCAUAUCAAUUUCAGUUUCAUAUCAAUUUCAGUUUUAUUAGUAUCAUAUUAACUCCCGCAGCAAAGCGCGGGAAACUGUAUCUAGUAUUUACUAUAUAUAAAACAUCAGUUGACUGUUCAUAAGCCAUUUUACUGUUUAUAAGCCGUUUACUGUGGUCGAGCCGAGCCAAGCCGAUUGUUGGAAUUUAUGCGCUUCGCCGAUCUAGAAGCCUCUAUCCACAAAUCUGGAAGCCUCUCUUCUAUGUACCAGUCUAAUUUUCGGUUACAAAGUCUGGGAGCCUCUAUUUACACUGACAGAGGCCUCUCUAUCUAUACCGACAUUCGCUGUUCCAGAUUGUCGGGUUUGGUGAUCGAUCAAAGUUUGGUAGAGUGGGUUCUUCUUGAUAGCGUUAACUCUUCUAGACUAUCAGGUAUGGCUAUCGAUCAAAGGUUGACAGAGUUUGGGUCUCUUUUGAUGGAGUUUGGGUUUCUAUUUCACAUUAGACCUGAUAAAAUCGUUUUCCUUUUCGGAUUUUGUUGUUUGUCGAGCACGGGGGAAGAAGGAAAAGAAGAAGAAGAAGAAGAAGAGAGAGAUCAGAAGUGAAUUCCAGACAAAAAGAAGCUCCGUGAUCAUUCCAGAUUUCUCAAACAGUACCCAAAAGGGAUUGGCUCUAGGAUUACAAUUUUACCCUAGAGUCAUCGAUAUGUAAGCCACAUGUCCACUACUUUCUGGUUUCGGGAAGCCUCCAUCAACAUCACCCUUCUGUUCGCCAACAUCGGGAUUACCUAUCAACAUGAGUACCGAUCAAGGCUCCGAUAUUGAUCAUUGGGUGAAGCAGAAGACAAGUGCUUUAGCUUUGAAUACCUUUGAGGUUGCUUAGGUUUCGCUUAUCACUGGUGGAGAUCAAUUUCUCUGUUGACAGUCGGUGCUUUAUUUUUUUUACAAUCAGAAUCGUCAGUGUAGUUCCUGUACAAGUUAAAAGAAUCCCAGCCAAGCCAAACAACUUUGAAAAUUUAUAAAGCUUCUGUUGUCAAUACUGGAGGACCCCAAUUGUUUGUGAACAUCCAUGGUUACAAAAUACAAAGAAAGCUCCAAAUUUUCCAUUAGGAGAUAUUGCAAAGCCUAGGCUCAAGCAGUUUUCAGUAGUAAGCAGUUCUCAGUAAUAAAUAAAUUUAUGGAACACUUUUGUUAACGAAGUAGAAGUAAUCAGGGACAUGUUCACAUUGAUGGACACUGAUAAAGAUGGCAAAGUAACUCAUGAGGAAUUAAAGACUGGUCUUCAAAAGGUUGGUUUGCAGUUGGCUGAAGCAGAGGUUAAGAUGCUGAUGGAAGUGAUAAGGCUGAUGUUGAUGGGAAUGGAUUUCUGGAUUAUGCAGAGUUCGCAGCAGUUACAAUUCACUUGCAAAAAUUGGAGAAUGAUGAACAUCUCUGGAGAGCAUUUAUAUUCUACGACAAGGAUGGAAGUGAGUAUAUUGAUUUAGUUGAGCUAAGGCAAGCAUUGGCAGAUAUGCCACUUUCAACCCACCUCUUCUCUUUGAUGGCACUCCCAGGUUGUGUACCUAUUACUCAAUGGCUUCCUGUGACUCUCUCUCUCCUAAACUGUAUCGCGCUCACACUGAAUUUGAAUUUGCUCUCAGUUGGUGUUGCUCAUUUGUGAAUCUUUGAUGAGAUUGAUAUUUUUUUUUUUUUUUUUUUUGGGGGUAUCAUGAUAGAAUGAAGCGAAGUGAUUAACAUGGUUGUGCAAGUUUUAGCUGAAGUUCAUGGACUUGAUUUCUGUUUCUGUGUAAAGGGCUUUCAAGAUUAAACUCCACUGAGUCGUUAUCUCAGAAGUGGAAGGAGCUGAUGGGGAUGGCUUGCUCAAAGCAACUUCAGCCCCAUGAGUACAGCUCAGGUCUUCAUCAUUGAAGCUCUUUGUCCAUGUAAGAGAAGAAGCGUGCUUUUCACCAUUAGAUGGGGGAUAUGUGAGAAAACAAAUGAAGAUAAAGAUAGAAGUUUGAGACAUGAGAUGGUGAAUAUGUAAUUGCAGAUGGAAUACAAUAUCAUUUAUCCCAUGUUUGGAGGUCAAACCAACUUUCAUAGGGAAUCAUGAUCUUCACGUUUGGAAAGAUAGUGUAUCAUGGAUGUAAACAUAGCUGUUUCAUCCAUGGUAAAUGACUUCCUCGUUGCACAUCUGUAAGGGUCUGUGUAGAUUAAUUUAUCAGAAAUCUAGCUAUAGAUUAAUAUCUUUGCUGCAACAGAAAAUUCAUCAUCUGGUAUAGGUAGAGAUAUGUACACCAUGUUUCUGUUGGAUGUUGGAAAUUAACUGAUGCUUCUUAUAAGUGGCAAAGUUGCAACUUGCAACUAUUUGAUGAUGUCAAAUGCUCUACAGAUAGGUAAGCACGCUAGUCAUCUUUAAUUAAACUUCUCAUUCAGUCAAUGUGUUUCUAUUGUAGCUCUUGUUCAAGUGGAAAAAGAGAGACCUUGCAUGAUACGCAGUUUUUGAUUGAUGGCAUCAUCUUUAAAGGUACCCUGAUGAAGUCAUUGCGUCAUUAAUUGCUUUAAGAUAAUGGGUUAUCGAUUGACAAAGACAGACGAUAAUGGGUCAUCAGCGACAUUACCUUUGGAAUUGAGUUCUAUCAUGAAUGGAGACGCACCUCAUAGGCUCAAAAAAGGAGAGGCUUUUGGACCAUUCUCAUCUUUUAUUCUGAUUAAUUUCUUUUUCUCCCAAUCACUUGUGGGUUAUAGAGACUAGAUAGAAAUGAGGUGUAUACUUGUGUAUGAGAACAUAUACCUUGUUCUUGUUACAGUAAGCAUCAAGCUACUCUUCUUGUGGACGUAGGUCUCACAAGAGGCCGAGCCACAUUAGUUCUGUGCUUGUUCUUGUGCAUAUGCUUGAUUUCAUUACUUGUCAGGUCAAUUUUUUAUUUUUAUUUUUUAUGCACUAGGAUUUCUUUACAACAGUAACUCAUCAAUUCAAAGAUGGUGUAUCUGCAAAAAAUAACUCUUUGAUUCUGUAACCUCUGGUUGCCUUAGGGGCUUCCAUCUUUUAACUUAAUUUAAGUCUUUUCUUAUCACAACAAAAAAAAUAAAUAAAAAGAUCGGAGAGUUAGUAUACUUUUGUUUCAUAAUCAGCUACCUCUUCAUACUUCCAUUGAUUCUUGUCCUCCUCAUUAUAGGAAGGCCUUCAUAAUGGAUCAUUUUGUUACCUGCACAUCACGAUUCAAUAUCACAAGACAUAUCAUAUAAGUAUCAGCAGUUUUAUUCAAGUCAUAACUUAUUGGACUAUGAUGCAUGAAAUAACAAAUUUUGCAGGAAAUUCUACAAUGUAAAAGAUCGAAGAUCGUGAAAUCCAAACCAGCUGAUAGAACAGAUUCAACAAUUCACAUGGAUUGGCGGGGCUUCUAUGAGCUUCAAUCAUCUCCCUACUGUUCCUAGUCAUCUUUAUGACUUUUCCAAACAAAGAAUAGAACCAAAGUCAAUACAUCAGAUUAUCAAGAAGAUGGGAGCAGCAAAGCAAACAGAUAUAGCAUGCAUUUCAGAAGGUGAAGGAUCAUCAUGUGUAGAACAACAUGCCAACAUUGAAGCAGCACCGAUUGUGUCAUCCUACAAUGACAAAAUCCGUCUUCUCCUUGGCAUCGUUGACAAGCUCAGGAGCCUCAUGUCAAUACAUCAGAUCAUCAAGAAGAUGGGAGCAGCAAAGCAAACAGAUUUUUCAUGCAUUUCAGAAGGUGAAGGAUCAUCAUGUGUAGAACAACAUGCCAUCAUUGAAGCAGCACCAAUAGUGUCAUCCUACAAUGACAAAAUCCGUCCUCUCCUUGACGCCGUUGACAAGCUCAGGAGCCUCAUGGUUAUGGAGGAAGGCAUUCAGCUCCCCACCAUUGUCGUUGUAGGUGACCAAUCAUCUGGCAAGUCAAGCGUCCUUGAAUCCCUGGCCGGCAUCAGCCUGCCACGUGGACAAGGUAUCUGUACCAGGGUACCCCUUAUAAUGAGGCUUCAACACCACUCUAGUCCUGAACCAGAGUUCCAGUUGGAGUACAAUGGCAAAGUUGAGCACACUGAUGAGAUCAACAUUGCUGAUGCUAUUGUCAAUGCCACCAAUGAUAUUGCUGGUGGAGGUAAGGGAAUUUCUAACACCCCAUUGACUUUGUUGGUGAAAAAGAAUGGUGUUCCGGAUUUGACUAUGGUUGAUCUCCCUGGAAUCACUAGAGUUCCUGUUCAUGGUCAGCCCGAGGAUAUCUAUGAUCAAAUCAAAGACAUGAUCAUGGAUUAUAUCAAGCCUGAAGAGAGCAUCAUUCUCAAUGUGUUGUCUGCUACUGUUGAUUUUACAACUUGUGAAUCCAUCAGGAUGUCACAGAGUGUGGAUAAAGCUGGUGAUAGGACUCUGGCUGUGGUCACAAAGGUUGAUAAGGCGCCCGAAGGACUAUUAGAGAAGGUUACAGCAGAUGAUGUUGGUAUUGGUCUUGGUUAUGUCUGUGUGAGGAACCGAAUUGGAGAUGAAACUUAUGAGGAGGCAAGGGCUAAAUCUCAAAAACUUUUUAAAACUCAUCCUUUGCUGUCCAAGAUUGACAAAUCUGUGGUUGGAAUUCCAGUUCUGGCUCAAAAGUUGGUGCAGAUUCAAGCUUCUAGCAUAGCUAGAAACUUGCCAGACAUUGUCAAGAAGAUAAAUGACAAGCUGAGUUCUUGUCUUUUGGAGUUGAACAAAAUGCCAAAGAGUCUGUCGUCUGUUGCUGAAGCCAUGACCGCGUUUAUGCAGAUCAUCGGAUCAUCAAAAGAAUCUCUUAGGAAAAUUCUGGUGAGAGGAGAAUUUGAUGAAUUCCCUGCUGACAAGCACAUGCAUUGCACUGCUCGGCUUAAUAAGAUGCUCAAUCAGUACUCAGAUCAACUUCACAAGUGUGAAGAAAGUGACCCAAAAAGUAACUUCUUAGUAGAGGAGAUCAAGAUUUUGGAGGAAGCAAAUGGUAUUAGUCUUCCGAAUUUUGUUCCCCGCAAUGCUUUUCUUGUUAUCUUGCAGGGAAAAGUGAAGGGAAUCUCGAGCAUACCUAUUGGAUUUGUUGAGAGGGUUUGGAGUUAUAUUGAAGAAGUGGUUAUGUCUGUGUUAAUGCAUAAUACAGAAAACUAUUAUCAGCUUCAGGUUUGCACCAGAAGAGCUGGCCAUAAUCUUAUAACAAGGAUGAAAGAAAGGUCAGUUGAGUGGACGAUGGAGAUGGUGGAAAUGGAGAAGACUGAUUAUACAGGUAAUCCAGAAUAUGUAUCCGAAUGGAGCAGGCUGAUGGGUCAACAAGACGCAUUUGUACAUGCGGUGUUAUCUAAAAAUGACUCUACGAUCUCUGUAGAGGGUAUUGGGGAAGUUGAAGUUGGAGACCUUCGGCAGUAUUCUCAAGUUCUCUCUCAGGCUUUUGACUUGAAAAUGAGGAUGACUGCCUAUUGGAAAGUUGUUCUAAGAAGGCUUGUUGAUUGUAUGGCUUUGCAUUUGCAGUUGAGUGUUUCGAAACUUGUGAACGAAGACAUGGAGAGUGAGAUUGUGAAUGAGUUGAUGGGACCAAAUUGUGGUGGUGGGAUUGAGAAAAUGCUGGAGGAAUCUCCAGCAGUUGCCACCAAGCGCGAGAAGCUGAUUAAGAGCAUCAAAAAGCUCAGGGAUUCCAAAGAGGUUGUUGCUAAGAUCUUGGAUGGUGUUGCUACCUAAUGGUCUCUUUCUAGCUAGUACUAAAAAUAAUGCGGUUUGUUUUGUCAUUUUUGUGUGAACUAUCUAUUUCUGUCAAUUAGUAGAAUGAAUUUGCUUUAAUUUUGAUGCAGCUUAAGUUUCUAGCUUGUACUAAAAAAAAUAAACCGCAUUAAUCAUGUUUGUAUGAACUAUCUAUUUCUGGCAAUUAGUAGAGUGGAUUUGCUUUAA